AUAUGUCAUAACAAACAUUCCUUUGGAAUAAUACUCAGUGUACAUUCAGUACCAUACAUACAAAAUUACAGUCCGUUUCGAGCUACUGAUCUGCAGCUUAUGGAAGUCCCUGUUGAAUCCUUAAGGCUUCGAGUUAAGAUGGAUUCACCGGACCAAGGGGACACCGUCAGCAUCCCAAAGCGCAUUAGAAGACGUAUCAAGCCUUUGGUAGAUACCAUAGCAGUAUCCCUGAAUGUCUCGAUGAUACUUUUCUUUUACUUUUUCGAUGUGUUCUAUGUAAUGCCACAAUUCUUGGGGAUCUUUGGACAGGCGGUGCAUUUUGUGGUAAGCACUUGGCUUACCUACAACAUCCUGGGCAAUUUGAGGGCCUGCACGAAUACCUCAAAUACUGUGGACACCUUGCCGCCGGAAAUGCUGAAACCAGUGGAGGGUGAGGAGAGUCUGUGGCACUUUUGCGACCUUUGCCAAAGGACUGUACCGCCAAGAUCCUGGCACUGCAAGACCUGCAGUACGUGCAUUUUGAAACGGGAUCAUCACUGCAAUUUCGUGGGUAACUGUGUGGGCCACAAUAACCAGCGGUACUUCAUGUGGUUCUCGUUCUACGCAAUGAUUGGCAGCGUUUUGGCCUUCUGCGAUAAUCUGCUGUACGCCCAUAAGCAUGGCAUUGAAUUCUUCGACAUAUUCACGAUGCAUUUAGUUCUUUUUGUCGAGUUCAUGCAUCCGGGUACACAUGACCUGCUCGGUCACUUCAUAAUAAUCUCCAUAUUGACCAUGAACUUAUUCGCUAUCAUAUUUCCCGGCGCCCUGUUUCUCUCGCAAAUAGUUGUUAUCCGAAACAACUCGGUUAUGCAUAGUACUUCUGAUCGCACCUAUAAUUUGGGUUUGUGGGAAAACUUUUCCCAGGUCCUUGGACGUCGUGGAUUUUGGACCUGCUUAUCGCCUAGUAUCAAAAGUCCCCUGACUCACAAUGGCAUCCAAUGGAAGUCGAAGAAUACCGCUUAAAUCUAUUUCUCAUCGUUCUUGCAGAUUAUAUUUGAUUUUGCA